CAAAAACAAGACCCCCCCAGCUGAGCGGUAGCUACAGUUGAUACCUGUCGUAACUUAGUAAAAUCUGGAAUUUAAGCCAAUUGUCGCUCGGAUCCUUGUGGUUAAAGGUCCUCAGUAGACGGAUAAAUGUCUGAUGCAUCAGAACAUCCUAAAAAAGAAGAGGAGGAGGUAACGCCUGAACCGGAGGAGCAGUCCGACGACAGCAGUGAGGAAGAGGCUGCAGGAGACUCACAGAUGGACUUCCUGCGAAACCUCUUCUCCAGCACCCUGGGCCUCGGCUCAGCAGACAAAGUUCUGGAUGAGCUGACUCUGGAUGGAGUGGCACAGUACAUAAAGAGCGGAAAAUGUAAAAACAUCCUCUGCAUGGUUGGAGCAGGAAUAUCCACAUCGGCCGGGAUCCCUGAUUUCCGCUCGCCAGGAACUGGCCUGUAUGCAAACCUGCAGAAAUAUAACCUGCCUUACCCAGAGGCCAUCUUCCAAAUCGAUUACUUUAAGAAACAUCCAGAGCCUUUCUUCGCCUUAGCCAAGGAGCUUUAUCCAGGACAGUUUAAGCCGACAAUCUGUCAUUACUUCAUGAAGCUGCUGAAGGACAAGGGGCUCCUGAGACGCUGCUACUCGCAGAAUAUUGACACUCUGGAGCGCGUGGCCGGCCUCGAGGGAGACGAUCUAAUUGAAGCUCAUGGAACGUUCUACACGUCCCACUGUGUCAGCUUCUGUUGCCGCAAGGAGUACAACCUGGAGUGGAUGAAAGAUAAAAUCUUUUCUGAUGACAUUCCCCGAUGUGACAAGUGCAGCAGUUUGGUCAAGCCAGACAUCGUCUUCUUUGGAGAGAAUCUACCUGUCCGGUUCUUCACUUCAAUGAAAAUGGACUUUCCUCGCUGUGAUCUUCUCAUUAUCAUGGGGACGUCUCUACAGGUCCAGCCAUUUGCAGGACUAGUCAGCAGGGUUUCGAAAAGUUGCCCUAGACUUCUCAUUAACAUGGAGAAGGCAGGACAGGCUGAUCCUCUGUUUGGGUUGCUGGGUUUUGGAGGAGGGAUGGACUUUGACUCAGACAAGGCAUACAGAGACGUAGCUCACAUCAGUACAUGUGAUGACGGCUGUUUGGCUCUAGCUGACCUGCUGGGAUGGAAGGCGGAGCUGGAAGAGUUGGUGAAGCGGGAGCACGCCAGGAUUGACAGCCAGGACAAGGCCAGUGAGAAAGGAGGAGCUGCAGCCAAGGCCAGCUCUGCAUCGGUGGCACCAGAGCCCAAAAAGGAGGAGUAACGUCUUAAAAAAGUUCCCUUUUUCAGAAAAGCUACCGUAGUGAUGUCAUUUUUCUGCACAGUUGGCCGUUCAAGGGAGAUUAUGAUACCAGGCUUUUUGUUUGGAAGGAAGCUCAUUUUCCAAACGCAGACAUUUAAUUCUCCUGAACAACCUCAUGGGAUAGCCCUGUGUUUUAUGCUCUUGUCCUGUUUAUAUCGCUUAUUUGCACUUUACUGACAUCAAUCUACUUUCCUUUAUUUUAUUUAUUUUUUCAUUACCCCACAUCUGUCUCAGCUGUAUACUUCUGUCUGGGGCAGUUCAGACAUGUUCAAGUAUAUCUACAUUUCAGCACCACAUGUUCCCACAGAGCAUGGAAGGUGGUUCAUAUCUCCAAAACCCAGGCAUGACUCUGCUGCAUUAUAGGACAAGCUACAGUACUGUCUCCAAACGUCUGGUGCAGUGCUUUGGGCCAAGCUACUUCAACUCACUUCAUCUUUCCCCCAAGCCAAAAUCUGUUGGCCUGAUUGGUCAGCGACUUCAUAAAAGUACUUCCUGAUAGGUGAACCGAGGUAGCUGUAGAUGUAACAAAAGGAUAAUUGCUUAUGUGGAACUUUUAAAAUGUAAAAAUAACAUUUUUUCAUGUUAACCUUUUGCUCUUGUUUGAUUUGACUUCUAUAACGUAUUUUAACACAAUGUUCUCGGAUGUAAAUGGAACAACAAGCAAAUGAACGAGAAAUGAUGCAUAAAAUAACAGUAACUUUGUGCUCUCUGCAGUCAGGUCCUGAGUUGCUCAUUAGGUGGUUUUGCCUUUUAAAUCUUAGGGGAUAGAUAGAGUGCUGCAGAGACACAAGGAGCCUAAAUGGGCAAGAAUAGUUUAAAUACGGUGUAGUGAAGUAUGAGACGGUGUUGUUUCAUAGGAAACAAUGUGGGCUUUCUGAAAAAAGCAUGAAUUGUUGCCUAAUGAUAUAGAAAAUACAGGGGGUGGACACAUUUACAUUAACAUCUGUACAAAAGAAUGGAAACCAAAUGCAAAAAAAACCUGCAAUAAACCUGGCCUUUGUAAAGCUGAUGAUGUUGACUUUCGUUGUGGCCUUUUCGGUCUUUUUUUGCUUAAGCAUUUGAAUACGUCCACAUAUUGUACACAUGCACCAAGUUUCGUAACUUAAAUAACUUCUGACUCGUAGCACCACCAUCUGAAGUAUUGCUGCCAUCAUUUCUUCUACAUGUAAACCCAACUUGCUGUAGUUUCAGGAUGGAAAGGUUGAGUAAUUUUGCAAAAACACGGUGGAGUUGUGAAAGUUCGCCUGAUGGUAUGCGAUGAAUGAUGGGAUGAUGUGGCACUGGCUACCCUCAGUCUGAUUGGCCACUUUAUUACCAUUUUUAUUGUGUAUCUUUUACUGUUUAACCUGAUUUACACAUCCAUACAUGCUAGCAAUAAAGGUGGUUGAUUUGAA